AUGGGACACCUUGCAAGAGAUUGCCGCCAGCGUUCUCAACAAAAGGUGAUACCAUCAUGUGACUUGCAUCAUAUCGAUUUACAACAACAAUUUGGAGUGUACGGGGCUAGUGAUCGUGUGCUGACUGUCAAGGUUCCCGUAUGGCAGAACGAGCCAAACUAUGAAUGUACAAUUGACACUGGCGCGUCCGUGUCUCUUCUUCCUUUGUCUGUCGUAGUUGGAUUAGACUUAAACGCAGUAAAUGAUAAAUUGCAACUCACCUCGGUAUCCGGUGCACCACUGGAAGUCCACGGUACUGUGUCACUUUCGGUCCGAUUGGGUGAGUGGGAAACAAACCACACGUUUAUAGUAGCAGAUAUCCAAACAGCACUAAUCCUGGGCGCUGAUGUCCUGGCCCUGCACGACAUGACGGUGGACCUCCGCGCUCAACGGCUGGACAGGGGUAUGGGCCACGUGAACCUCAUCAUUACCCGGCACGGCUACGAACAGCACCGCGUCAUUUUGCAUGAAGACACCACGAUACUUGAAAACCACCGAAUAAUAACGAACGCCUCUGUUGUUGAUGUUGAGCGUAUGCAGGUCUUGGAGGUAAGCCCCUCCUUGUUUGAACCCGUUCCGGAGCUUACCACUCGCACAGGUGCCCUGGUAGCUCGUGCAGUCGUCAACGUCUCCAAUGGGAGUGCCCCAGUGCAACUGAUGUCAGUCGGUGGACCUAUUCACCUUCGCAAGAGAACGUCUUUGGCCACGUUCGUCACCUUGCCCACUCAGUGGCGGACUUGGGGGCUUUGGGAGCUGACGUACCCAGCACAUGCAGGACAAAGCAGCACCAACGUUGGCCAACCCACGGCUGUUUAUCAUAGCAUUCCCACUGGUGAUGCACGUCCCCGGAAGCAACCACUCGGUCGGCUACCUCACGCCUUGCGGCCCGUGGUGGACGGGCAACUGAAUACAAUGCUUCGAGCCGAUGUUAUUCAACCAUCUUCUAGCCCGUGCUCCUCUCCAAUUGUGCUAGUCAAGAAAAAUGACGGGACCCAUCGCUUUUGUGUAGACUACCGUGCUCUGAGCUCUCUCACGGUCAAAAAUUCGUACCCUCUGCCACGUAUCGAUGAAACACUUGAUUCCUCGUCUGGGUCACAGUUCUUCUCAACGCUAGACCUAGCCAGCGAGUACUGGCAAGUUUCAGUUAGCCUGGAAGACAGACCAAAAACUGCGUUCAGCACCACUCGUGGACUCUACAAAUUCAAGUCAAUGCCGUUUGGCCUGGCUAAUGCACCCAGCACCUUUCAACGGCUCAUGGAGUCGACCUUGGCUGGCCUUCAGUGGGAAGACUGCCUAAUCUGUCUCGACGACAUCAUCGUAUUCUCCGCUACUUUUUCCCAAUAUCUUCGAAGACUGAGUAAAGUGUUCUGCCGACAGCAGAAUUCUGGGCUUAAACUCAAGCCAACCAACAGUCAUUUUUGCUGCUCAUCCGUCAGCUACCUCGGUCACGUCGUCUCCGCCGAUGGUGUCGGCCCCGAUACUGCGAAAAUAGACGCAGUCCAGAACUUCCCAAUUGCACGUAACAGUUUGGAAUUAAAGCAUUUCUUGGGCCUAGCCCGUUAUUACAGACGGUUCAUGUAG